CGGGUUCAUAGAAUUUGGAAUGGAAUGGAGAUGUGUAGUUGUUACUAAGAACUCCCUAGAUGCAGUCGAAGGACGAUGGCGCUCUUCGGACUGAGAAUAAAUUGGAGUACAACUUCUUUCCAUGCACGAGCCAGGAAAUCAGCUUCCAUGUGCAAGCCCCCCAUGAUGCCCAUAUCGCACUCACUAGUGGGCCCGAGGAGAGUGACCCCAUGUACGAGGUUUUCAUUGGAGGAUGGGUCAACACUAAGUCUAUCAUCCGUAAAAACAGAACGAAGCCUGAUGUUACUGAGGUGAUGACUCCAGGGAUUUUGGAUGCAAAUAAAAGCUGCGGGUUUUGGAUCAAAUGGAAUAAUGGAACGAUAACCGUUGGCCGGGAAGGUGAAGACGCACCCUUCUUAAGUCACUCAGACCCAGAGCUAUUCGAUAUCAAAUUCUUUGGAGUCUGCACUGGUUGGGGAGCAUCCGGCGAGUGGGAGAUCCGACAGCAACCUGUUAUGCGAUGCGGCCUAAUUGACACCCCGAGGGUUCCGUCAAAUUACCCCUGGGUAGCGGCAAAAGAUGGAAUCGUUCCGCCUAAUGCAUUCGUAGGUGGAUUCGAAAAUUCUGAAGAACAUUUCGUGGGCAGAGUUCACCACGAAGGUGCAGUUAUUCCUGGCAAGAUCCACCCGGAGUACCGUCAAUGCUAUGUACCAUUAUCCCAUCGUGAACAUUCAGAUUCCAAUUACGAGGUUCUUUGUGAAUGCAAUGGAAUAUGGACCCCGCUGUCCGAUGGAGACGCAAUACCACCCAACGCUAUUCCCGGAGGACACACUGCGGACGGAGAAACUCUGUUCAUCGGACGUGCUGAGCACCAAGACGCUAUGGUCAUUGGAAUGGUUGACGCAUCGCCUUUUCAGACUGAGGAUUCAUUGGAGUACAACUUCUUUCUGUGCACGGGCCAGGACACCAGUUUCCAUGUGCGAGCCCCCAAUGAUGCCCAUAUUGCACUCACUAGUGAGCCCCUAGCGCGUGACCCCAUGUACGAGAUUUUGAUUGGAGGAUGGGGCAACACUAAGUCUGUCAUCCGUAAAAACAGAACGAAGCCUGAUGUUACUGAGGUGAUGACUCCAGGCAUUUUGGAUGCAAAUAAAAGCUGCGGGUUUUGGAUCAAAUGGAAUAAUGGAAUGAUAACCGUUGGCCGGGAAGGUGAAGACGCACCCUUCUUAAGUCACUCAGACCCAGAGCUAUUCGAUAUCCAAUUCUAUGGAAUCCGCACUGCUUGGGGAGCAUCCGGCGAGUGGGAGCUCCGUGACAUUUAUAGGCUACGCGGCCCGAUUGAGCGACCACAACCCUUUGACGGUCUUUAUUAGACCUGGAUAUCGGUAAAAAAUAGAACCGACCCGCCUGAAGAUCUUUUCGUGGGCAGAGUCAGCCACGAAAGUUGAUGCAUCACGUAAGAAAUGUUUCGUCUCCUACGGUGGACAGACCAUAAGAGGAAAGUGAAAAAAUUUAAAGAAAAUGUUCGAAGCUGUAAACGAAGAACAAUUAAGAGAAACUCACCCAGGUAGGAAAAAACGAAUGGGCCAACCUUGGUACAAGCACGGCCGCCGAGCUGCCGUAGCUCGGCACCCGGGCUCCAGCCAAACUCGCGCCGAACUUGGCUAGACCCUGGGAUGAUAACACGGGGCCAGGCCUGGGACCGAACUUUGGCCAGACUUCGGUCGCCGUACUUUGGCCGCACUCUGGGCUUACCAUUCGGCCCGAAAUUGGCCCAGGCCUGUUGCCGAACUUUGGCCGCACUCUGGGCUUACCAUUCGGCCCGAAAUUGGCC